AUGCCGACGCCUACGCCGUGCGCAACGCCCCGGCCGGCGCAACAGCCCCGGCGCCGGGGGCGGGGGUGGCCCAGACAAGGAGAGAGGGAGAGGGAUGAGCGCGAGCCGCUGCAGCUGGGAGAAGCGCCAGAGAGGCCGGGCCUGCUCCGGUCGGACCGGAUCCCUCCCCUCCCCCUCCCUCCUCCCUCCCCUCCCCCAAACCCACUUCCGCAGCUCGCGGCCUUGCCGCCGAAGCAGCAGCGGCGGCAGCAGCAGGAGGCGGCGGCGAGGCGUCGGAAGGAUUACGCACCUGACGGGCCCGCCUCUGAGGGCUCCAGCGCGGGACGCUCACCGGCCGCCGCCGCCCAGGGCGCACUUCGUGGUGGCGGCGGGAAGGGAGGGACCGGCCACGGGGAACCGAACGCGAAUCGCCCCCCUCCCUUCCUCCCUCCCUCCGAUCCGCCGCCCGCCCUCUCGGCUUCCGUCCCCUCCCCCUCCCGCAAAACCCCGGAUGGAGCCGCCGCCGACUCGCCGCCGCCUGGCUCCGGGGGAUGGUUUUGUCAAGCGGCCAGAGCCCCGGCGCCAGGCGCAGCCGCCGCCGCCCCCGCCAGGCGCCCCUGCCCUCGCUUCCCAGAACCGGGUCCCGGAGUGGCCCGGGCCCUCCGCCUGCCUGCACCCGGAGCCCUGGGACGAGGGUCAUUCGUCGUCUUUGUUGCCACCGCCUCUGCCGGAACCGUUUGCGAGCUCCGGUGGCCCCCGCUCCCCCACCGCCUUCCCGGACCCUGGGCUGGGGGUGGCACGUGGGCACCGGCCCCGGGAGGCGGAGGCGGUGCGCGCUUACCUGUCGCCGGUGCUGCUGCGGCGGGGGGUGUGGAGGAGGCGCCGCUGGGCAGCCUCGGCCGUGCUGUCCUCCCCGCCGCCGCCGCCUCUGCCUCUCGCUGCUGCUGCUGCUGCUGCUGCCGCCGCGGUCGGUGUCUCCGGCGCGGCGGCGGCGGCGGCGGCGGGGCUUUUCCUGUCCGGUUACGUUAAGGUCACAUGACCGAGAGAGCGGAGAGACUAGUGCAAAGAGGCUGCGAGCGGCUCCCGCCGGGGGGGAGAGGCGGCGAGAGAGCAGUGGCGGCAAGAGCCCCCUCCGCCCCCCCCCAGCCGCUCCCCUCCCCCCGCCCGCCUCCGCCUCCUGCUGCUCUGCCGCCGCCGCCGCCGCCGCCUGCAGCACUCCACUGCCGCUCCCACCCAGGCUCCGCGCUCUGCUCCAGCCAAACUUCUGCAGACCAUGUGCAGCCGAGGCGAGGAAACUUCUCUCCACCUAUUGGGGCUGGAGGCCUGAGUCACAAGCCCCUUGUUUACAUAAAGUGUUUAGCAACCUGUGAGAUAGUUUAAUAAUUAAACCUACUCCACAGAUGAGGAAACUGAGGCCCAAGAGGUUCAGUGAUUCGCCCAAGGUUAUAACAGCAAGAAUUGGUGGUGAAACAAGAAUUCAAAUCCAGAUUGGUCUUAAUCAGUGAGCUCUCAUGUGUGAUAGAAAUUAGAUACCACUUUGAGGACUUUCGGAGCCAGUGGUGAAUGUAAUUACUUUAGGCUCUAAAUACUCUGUGUAAUUUCUUUGUCAUUUUGUUCUUAGAGAGAUGGUGAUCUUAAUAAAGUUUUUACUUUAUUAACUAAAUAAAAGUUUGUACUUACGUUACAACUAAAACAAUUCUUUAAACUUUCAUAACUUGAAGUUUUAAAUCAUAAAAUUAGUUGAAAAAGAUGUAAUUGCCAGUGUAUCGUAAAUACUGGUAUUUUAAAAUAAAGCUGUUUUAUCACUUUUAAGGAAAGCCCUUGUAAUUUAGUGCAUUGUAAUAGUGUAUUGAGCUGAUGUCCACCAUGAUCCAUGUAAACAUAGGUGAACUCUGCAAAUACAAGUUUUUCUUUUUGAAAAUGUUUGUGUUACAUUUCCUCUACAACACUUUAUGCUAAUAAAUGUUUAUGAACCUCU